GCGUAUUAACUUCUCGCUGAUCGACACUGCUCGAUAGACCUCGUAAGAUUCUACUGGCUGAACUGUGCAAGACGAGUUUUCUCUCUGCCUUUGCUAAGGCUAAGCUUCCGAAAAAUAAAAUACGUAUUUGUUUUUCUCUUCGUCUUUCACAAUCCACAUGCUAGAUACACAGAAUGUUGCGGCUGAGCAACCCGAGGCAGGCUACGCUGCACAGGAAUUAGCUCGUACAGAUGCACACACUGCACACUUGCUUUCGCAAAUAGCGUUUCUGCACUGCGAGGUGGAGAGACUGGAAGAUCAACUUGCAACACUUCGAACGAAAUCUUUUUCGGACGCUCGAAAGGCAAUUCAGCAGUACGAAGAGGCAGUCGCGCAGAAGAACUCCGAAAUUGAAGAACUGCGGCGCAAAAGCAGUGGACAAAGUGACGGCGCAGAACUGCUGAAACGCUGCAAGCUUCUGGAGAAGCAGCUGGCAACUGUGAAUAGCGAAAAAAGCGUUGCCUGCAUCGAGAAGAAUGAGUUGCAGACAAAAGUUCGUAAAUUAGGGGUUCUCUUGAAAACGAGAAAGCAGGAGUACGCGGUUGCGCAGCGCAGCGCCGAUGACAACGAUGUCGAACGUUCUUCUGUUAUUACGGCUUUGAAAAUGGCGAUUGAAGGGUUAGCAGAGGAGAGGGAUGCAUUAAAACACCAAGUCACGGAAGCACAGAAACGUGCGAAGGUGCAACGGGACGACAAAUACGUCGGCACCGAAAAUGCGUCGCUUUCUAUGGAGGUGCAAACGGACGUGGUGGAGCGCGCAACGCAGGCGUGUCAAGUGAAUACAGCGCAACCGGAAAAGGAUAGCGUGGCUGCGGAGCAGCCUGCUGCGUACAGCUUACAAGCGCUACUGGAAGAAAAGACCCGAGAGUGUGACGAUUUGCGUAGCCGGCUGGAUGACCUGAGCGCAGUUCAAAAGGACGCCGUGGCAAUGUUAGACUCUGCAAAACGACAGCUUUCUGAUGAGGUAGAGCAAAGGCGACUAGCGAUGAGUGAUGCGGAAAAUCUGUCUGUGCAAAUGCGCGGCUUGCAGCAAAGAUGCAGUGAUCAAACUGCUGCGGAGAGAAUGCUGGGCGAACGGAUAGGCAUCCUCGAAGACGAAAAGCAACGACUCGUCGUGGAAAAGGCACGCAUCGAACGCGACAGGGACACCUGGGAAGAGCAACUCCGCCAGUACGAACGGGAUGUGUCGCAACUAUCCGUGACGAAGAACCAUGCGAAUCAGCAGCUUGGUUUACUUGCGAACGAAAGCGAGAAUUUGCGAGCGGAGUUGCUGCGGUUCUCGGAGAGAGAAGCACAAAUGGCCUACUCUCUAAAGGCGAAAGACGCCGAAGUACAAGAAAUACUGAUGUCAUAUCAGAAGGUCGCCCAGGAAAACGAGUCGCUUUUGGAGAAUCAGCGCUUUCUCGAAAGGGAGCUCGACAACGUUCGCGCCUUGAUGGCCUCAAAAGAGGAAGGUAUGAUUUACUUGCAAGAACAGCUGCAGUCGCUACAUUUGCGAGAGCAGCAGCUGACGUUAGACCUGCAGUCAUUUGAAUAUGAAAAUGAGACACUACACCAACGCCUUGCGCGCUCCGACGAUGAGUCAACCGGUCUGGAGCGAAAGUGCGACGAUCUUCAGCAGAUGGUGAAUGCCAAAGAUCGCUCUCUCGAAGAGCUACACCAAAGCCUAAGAGAAUUAAGCAAUCAGGUCAUUUACAAAGAGAACGAGAACCUUCUCUUACGCCAGCGCUGCGACGAGAUGAUUAACGAUGCGACUCGUCAGCGUGCACAAUUGGCAAACGAGAGGAAUCAUGUGCAGGAGCUUGAGGAGGCCAACGCCCGUCUUGUUGCCCGCGAAGUUCUUUCGUUCGAUAGCCAGCAAAGGCAAAUGCAUGAUUCUGAGGAACUGGAUCGGGAGCGUGAAGCAAGACUUGUUGCUGAAGAAGAACGCGACAAAGCUGGAAAAUUGUACGAUGAUCUUCAAGCGGAACAUGAAGAAUUAGAAAGGAAAGUGUCCGCCAUAGAGAACGCUCUACGUGAAGCCACCGAGUCGAAAGAGCGACUGCACAAAAUUGUUAUGGAACAAAACGAGGCACUUGCCCAUUUAUCAAAGUAG